AUGCCCAACAAGAAAUCCAAGCCAAAUGCGUCGAAGGGCAAAAGUCCUGCUCAUCCAUCUGGACCGGCGAAAGCUGCGGUGUCUGCGGCGUCUACAGCUCCCGAAGAAACCACUCCUUACAUACCUCUGACCCUCCCUAAGCCAAGCAUCGAUGACGACUUUUGGACCAAGAAUGCCCGCGCGAAAGCUCUAAUCCUGUCAACCUUGGUCCCAGGGAGCGAAGCAUGGAAGAUUGCUGAGCCAAUUGAAAUCGCGUCAGAUAUCUGGAGGGCACUGGAAGAUCACUUUACUCCCAAGCGUAUGAAGGCCUGGGCGAAACAACGAAGUUCUGCGGAGGCAAGCAACACCAUGGCCGCUGUUGCCGACGAUGGUGCCAGUUCUGGUGCAACUAAGAGUGAAGGGGAACCUGUCAACGGCAAACUCUCAUCUUCUACGAACUCUGUUUCAAGCUCCGUGGUAGGAAAAUCGUUGAACAACAUGGAUAAAUAUAUGGACAUGCCCAAGGACAAACUUUCAAUACCGCAAUUGGACGGGACCACAUCGUCUGCUCUUUCGAGAGAGGUUUCGACGAACGCAGAGGAUGCUUGCAGAGCGCUGGAAGCCUUCGACAUUGCAGAUAUUGCAAAGAGUAUAGCAAAGGAGUUUGACAAGCAGCAGAGGGUUGCGACUCUGCCUAAGAUUCAAACUGAGACAACGCAUCAGAGUGAAGCCCGGCCGAGUCUUGAGGUACAACAAGCCCAAUCCCAGGCUCAAACCGAGUUUCUGUCUCAAAUUCGGUCGCAAAUUCAGGCCCACGCUACGACUCAUGGUCAGGUAAAGCCUCAACCCCAGACCCAAUCGCAAGCUCAAGCCCAGAGUAAGACCAAAGUACAGGUCGACGCUCAAGCCCAAGUCCCAGCCCAAUUGCAAGCUCAACCUCAGUCACAAGCCGAAGUUCAGCCCCAAGUUCAGAGUCAUGCCCAAGGUCAAAGUCAAGCCCCACCCGCACCCUCCCAACCCGCUACCGCAGCAGGUAUCCCACGACUCUCGACACUGACGCCCUCGGGACGCUGGAAAGCGCACCCCGUCAAGCACGACAGCUACCUUAGCGAACAACAAGCACUGAUCUUCGCCCGGUACGACGAAGACCGCAAGAAGCAGAUCCAAGUGGCCGCCACAAAGGUGCUCAUGCAGAAACUCCCGACGCGGGACAUGAGGCUUCUGUGGGCCGUCCUGUACGGAGGCGAGGAUGCACCCUGGCCCGGGUCGUGCUCGGCCGUCAUCCCUGGUGUGACAACUCUGCAGUGGCAGAAUAAGAGCUAUGAGAUGGAUUACAAGACGCUAGGGUGGAGCUGGAAUAGCAAAGGGGACGAGAAAGGAUGA